AUGAUCUCAACUCAUAUUCUAUUUGUUGGCGCCGCAAUUGCUAUAAUUGCUAUUGAAUUAUUGGUCAAAGCCAAGCUAACAACAACAGAAAUAACAACAAUAACCACAACAACAACAACAGAAACAACAACAACAACAACAACAACAGAAACAACAACAGCAACAACAACAACAACAACAACAACAACAGAAACAACAACAGCAACAACAACUACUACUACUACAACAACAACAACUACAACCACAACUACAACAACAACAACUACAACAACAACUUCAACAACAACAACUACAACAACAGCUACAACAACAACAACUACAACAACAACUACAACAACAACAACUUCUACGAGCACUAUAAGUCCUUCUGGUAAUUCUACUAACGUUAAUACCAUGCAGAGGUCCAAACAGGCCACGAGGUCUGCCUGCCUGCCUGGGCUUGUCACAGGCAGGCCGCUUGAAAAUGACAGGCCGCCUGGCCUGUCUACUUUUUCUUUGAAAUCAAAGUUUCAUCUGAGAAUUUCAUGAUUUUGUUAGCAAAUAGAUACAACCUUCAUUAGUUUUCAAAAAAUCACAUUUAAGCGCGGUGAAUCAGACAAAUACUGAGGAAUGAGUAUUAAAGAUACUUAUAGGAGAUCAAUACCCUUACCAUUCUGAAGAGAAGAUGAGCACAAAUUUUCAUAGUUAUCAUUAUCUACUUGUCAUGCUUCUCAAUUUUAGUUAAAUUCAAUGAUUCUAAAUCCUUUUUCUGUUGCAGAUUUACCACUGAUUGAAUUCUGUCUCUCUCUUGAUCCCGAUACGUUGAGUGAAAUUGUGAUCUGGCGUAAGAAAUUCAAUGAAAAUAUUUUUGAACAAAAAUCAGAUAUCUUCCACAAGUUGACUAUCUUAGCUGUUUUUAUUUUGUCUACGUAUCAUCAAUGUUCAGUUCGUAAACUCUUAAUCAGUAAUGAAAAUUUUCAAUGUAUGUGGGUACCUGUGAAAUUGUCAAUACCCACAGACAUUACCAACUCUGAAAAAGGAUAGAGUUCAAAGUUGAUAUAAUUUACACAUCCCUACUGCAUCGCGCGUUUUUUGAUUCAGCUGAAGGAUAGCCUUUCUUUUAGAUAUAGACAGUCAUAGUUACUUCCACUUUUACUUAUACAAGGCCUUAGAAAAUUAAAAAUCGGAUGGUCCAGAAGUCAUAAACAGCUUUUUGUACGAAAUUUUACUAUUUAUAUAAUGUUAUUAAUUGUCAUCUAACUUCAUGGUGAAAGAUAUAUACUGUAAAAUUCUCUUCAAACAUUCUAUAAUGUUUUAUUACAAAGUAUGAUAAGAGAAAGCUACACGAAAAAUAUUCAAGGUCUCCGAAGCUACUAGCUUUCUAAAGCACGGUGUAGCAUUUCUUAACCUUUUGCUAAGCGGUGACAAAAGUGUAAGCAUAUAUCAAAUUAAAUUUUAUGAUGCUGUGACGAAUGCAGAUCUAGUCUUUAUAAAAGAAAGGAUGCAAAAAGUUGAUUCUAGGUUCAGUAACAUCAUACAUUUUAAUCAAUUAGGAAUAGAUAAUGAAUUAACUUUGAUUUGUUUUUAUUGUAAUCGAUUCGCUACCAAUUGACAAUUGAUAAAAGAAUGAUGAUUUUAGUCACUUAAAAUGGAUCUUUUUUAACUUUUACAUGAAUUACUUUUUCCAUGAAAGUGUGUCCACAGUUUCUAUAGGUAGGCAUUGUAGCUGUCUCUUUAAUGAAGUUACUUGCUUAUUCAGAACGAUGCCAAUUUUCGCCGAGCGAUUUUGACUAGAAAUUGAUCGUUCUUUCGAGAAAACGUUUUGUAAGUGAACUAAAAACUAUGCUUUUCUAUACUCCGUCUAACUAGAAGUACCUUUGGAAAUGAACAGUCUUUGUUCUACCCUUAGUUUCACAUGCUCUCAAUUAUAGAGAAGCAUGAUACCUUUCUUUAUUUGGAAAGCUGACAAUUCUCAUGGACUUUUCAGUUAGAGACUUUUGAAUGUAGUGAUGUAGAUUGAAUUCAGUGACUAAUACGACUUUUUAUGAAGAUUAUUACUUCUUUCUAUGGUACUUUUAUCAUGAUAUUGGCGUGAAAAAAAUUCACAGGCCUAGACAGGUAGGUUCAGGCAAGCCUGAGAAAAUGACAGGCAGGCAGGCCAGGCCGAGGAAAUUAGAGAACAGGCACAGGCAGGCUAGGAGAGAUGUAAGCCUGUCACAGGCAGGCCAGGCCUUCAAAAAGUGGGCCUGUUUGGACCUCUGAUACCAUGUAUCACUUCACAUUCACAAAUCACAUUAAUUUAUUUGUAAGGAAUGGGGAGAAAUUAUCGACAUUCUAUGCAGCUCACUCUGAUUUAUUGACUACAAUUUGAAAUAUUGUUGAUAAGUUGUGACAGAAACUAAUAUUGAUCAAGCCAUUGCGAAACAUCCAAGGGAAACUGAAAGUGUCUUUGAUCUCAAAAGCAUCAGUUGUCAAGUUCCACUAAUACUAGCGGACAAAUUCUCGAAGGGAAUCGCGGUUAGCAGAGUGUUAUUUUAAUUUCCCCUCAAUUUCCUGGAAAAAUACUGCCCUGUCACUUCGAUAACCGCAAGUCGCUAUACGGCGGUAUUUACCGGUUUUAAAUUCCAUAGUAUGCUAACCGCCCUCCCCCCCCCCCCCCCCCGUUUUCUCCCGUGGUCUCUAGAAUAAAAGGCCAUCUCCAAGUUAUAUUUGCAAAAGCCAUAGUACAAGACCAUGAUCUUUUAUUCACGAUGGAAGUUUAAUAUGAAAUAAAAGAGACAAGAUCAGCUUGUGAAUCAGUAACCGGACCUACCUGGCAGCUAUUACUAGGCCGAAAAAGUUAGAUACAUUUAAUUUUCGAAUUGCUGAGCAACUCAAAAAUGAAAUUAGUAAUUAGCAUAAAAUGAUAAGCUUUUACCAUAAAAGUGUUAUUAGAAGGCGAUCCUUAACCCUUUGGAUCCGGGCGACGCACAUAUGCGUCCUGGGAUUUUACGCACUGAAUACCUUUAA